AUGUCUCCCGUCCAGCAAUACUGGCUUCCGGGCUACGGGCUAUCCCGUCAUAUUGUCCUAGGCCAUAUCCAUUACUUCCUUGGACCAAGUGCAACAGUUAGACCCUACAGCUACCAGGGACGCGAAGGCUACCUCAUCAAUGGCGUGCCACUCACGCGGGAACAGAUCGACGAUCUCACGGUAAUGUCCCGAGAGUACGAGAAGCAGGAAGCUACUCGAAUGGCCCACAACACCAGCGGCUCAACUUCUAGCUCUAGCAGCGACAACUCGACAACCCAGUCGGAGCCCUACAUCAAUGAAAUCAUCCCUAUUAGUCAACCCGGAGCACGCAGACAACCAGACUUACGAGGCGGUCGUUGA